UACAUAUUUUUAAACUCCAAGAAACUCUUCUCUACAUAUAGCUCAAUGAAUAGUGGUGAGGUAAACAUAUUUUAUAUUUUUUCUUUCUCUUUUUUGUUUCCUUAAUUAAUUUUUUAUUCUUCUUUUUACUCAUUUGGGUAUUUUUUUUUUAUUUUUAUUAAUAAAAUAUAUGUGAAGAUAUAAUAUUUAAAUGAUAUAGAGAAAAAUAUAAAGAAGUAUGGUGUAAUGUAAAUAUGUGAGGUAAAUUAGAAAAAUUGAAAUUUUGGUAAAGUAUUUUAAAAAAUAAAGUAAAAAAGUUGUUGAGAGUGCUCUAAAAUUAGCUUCCAUCACUAAAUGUUAAUUUUUGAGGAUAGUGUAUAUAUAAGGUUACAUACGCAAAUGAUAUUGCUAGUCUUAAUUGAACUUUUUUUUGUCCCAACAUUUGUGGAAACACAUUUUGGUAUCCAAUAAUUAAGUUUUGAAUAUCAUCACACCUAGCUACCAUAUUAAAUUAAGUUAUUAAUUAAUGAUAAAUUAUUUGGAAGGAUAUUAUUUCCUUUUUUAAGAUUAAUUUAUUCCAUAUUCCUCUUUUUUUUUUUUUUUCCAUUGUGAGAAAAAGGAAAGUAGAAUCAAACGAAUUCAAAACCUUCAUAUAUAUUCAUAAUAAUAAUUAUUAUUAAUUAAUGCAUAUAUAAAUAAUUUAGAAAAACAAGAACACAUUACAAGAGUAUAUAAAAUUAAAACACAUUAAUUGCUAUAUCUGAAAGUGAGUGAGGUAGUUAUAUUCAUAUGUAUGGUAAGAACAAGCAAAACUUACAAGAGUGCUUGCCGUGUGGCCCAAGAAACCAAAUAUUUGAAGUUUUAAGUCCAAAAUGGAAACCAAAUAUUUGAAGUUUAUUUGUAUCAUUUCUUUCUUUGAUUGAUUUCUAAAUAUUUGGCAAACAUCAUGUUUUAGAUGAGUAUACAUUUAUAUAUAAAUAUGUAUAUAUAUGUCAAAAGCAAAAGAAUAUAUAUAGCCUUUUAGCUGUUAGGGUUCAAUUUUUUCUUUCUAUUAUUCAAAGCUUUUUCCUUUUGUAAACUUUCCUUCCUUUUUUGUUUUUUCUUUUUUUUCAUUACCCAUUUAGUGUUAGGGUUGGGGAAUGCCUUAUUUAGAGGAAGAGAUCAAAAGAGGAGGAGGAAGAAUAUAUAUGAUCUCAGGCUUUGGUUUCUUUUUCUCUUGUUUUUUUCUUAAAAAAAAUUGAAAGUAGAAACAAUGAGUACUUUGAGGUUCAUAAAGUGUGUUACUGUUGGCGAUGGAGCUGUAGGAAAAACUUGUCUUCUUAUCUCCUACACUAGCAAUAUUUUCCCCGCGGAUUAUGUGCCAACUGUUUUCGACAAUUUCAGUGCAAAUGUAAUUACAAAUGGAACCACUGUUAAUUUAGCAUUAUGGGAUACAGCAGGACAAGAGGAAUAUAGUAGGUUAAGGCCUUUGAGUUAUUGUGGGGCCAAUGUAUUUAUAAUUGCAUUCUCUCUCAUCAGCAAAAUUAGCUAUGAAAAUGUUUCUAAGAAGUGGAUUUAUGAAUUGAAGCAUUAUGCACCUAAUAUUCCCAUUAUUCUUGUUGGAACAAAGCUUGACCUUCGUGAUGACCCGCAAUUCUUUAUAGACCAUCCUAAUACCGUUCCAAUUACUACAACUCAGGGAGAGGAAUUGCGAAAGCUUAUUGGAGCAUCUGCUUAUAUCGAAUGCAGCUCGAAAACACAACAGAAUGUGAAAGGAGUCUUUGAUGCUGCAAUGAAAGUUGUCCUUGAACUACCCAAACCGAAGAAAAAGAAAAGCAAAGCAUUCAAGGCUUGCACCAUAAUGUGAUUUGAAAGAAUUAAUAGGUGUAAUUAAAGAGACAACAACAACAAUUUAGAAUAAUUAAGAGUUCAUGAUUGGUAUUAUCCACUUGUGUAAUCUUCUUAUGAAACUCUCUUAAAGAAGAAUAAGAAUUAAUGUGGUCUUCACUAUUGUUAAGUAGUAUGACUUGCUUAUAUAUUUAUAUAAAAUUCAGGUUUUUAUUAUUAUUUUUUUUAUAAAUUGUUUUAUAUAUAAUCAAAGUUUGUAAAAUCUAAGGAUUAGUAUGUUUUGAAUUAACCAUGUAAUUACUCAUUAGUAUAAUUAUUAAGAAAAUUAAUAAUGAAUAUGAUUAAAAAAUUAAUCAUAAUAAAUGAAAAAUAAAUUUUAGGAAAUGUCCAUAAAAUUUUUAAAAAGCAUCCCUAGCCUAUUAACUAUUAUUUUCAAUCUUUUUUUAUAGAAAUUUUUACAUGAAAAAUCACUUUUGCACAAUUUAUUACCUAAAUACAUCUACACGCCUAUGUCUACAUUUUUACUUACAAAGUUGGUUUUAUUACACAAAUACCACUUAGUCAUCAUUCCAUACAUACACGUGUGCUUUCCCCAUCCAUCAUCAAUCAAAUCCUACUGUCUUCCCUCUCUUUUUUCAUUUUCUUUUCAUUUCAUUUUCGAUUCUUCAUUUCUGUUUUCUAAGUUCAUUUGAAUACAAGUAACCUCCAUUAACCACCCAUAAUUGAUCACGUUUUUCCCUCUUCUUUUUGGUUCAUCCACGAAUUUUCAACUUCCUCUUAGCCCACGAUUUAGCAACUGUUUUUCCCUCUCUGUUUCAGUUUUUUUCAAUCUUAUUUAUAAGAUGGCAAUCACUCGUUCAUCAUCAUCCCCUUCUCCAGUUCUCAAACAAAAAUCAAAAAUAGGCAAGAAAUCGUUGGCCAGCAAAUCCAAGGGUAAACGCCCGAUCAUUGAAGAUUAUGAUUCUGAUUUUGAAGCUCCAAUGCCCAAGCGUGGGAGACCCCAUUCUUCGAAGAAAACGAAGCUCAACUUGGAGGAGCACACGGUUCCAGAAAUUUCUGGGAAAAAAACUAUUUCACCUGCUGAAGAUCGGACUCAGGUUGGUUUUUAGUUUUAUUAUCGUUUCCCCCUUUUCCUUCAUUUAUACUUUACCCAGAUUUUGGCGUUUUUAUGUUCAUUCUGCUUUGUGUAAUUUUAGGGUUUCAUUUGCGCAUUUCGUUUCAUGUUUUUAAAUUUUUUAGUUAUUUAUUGUUGGUUUUGAACAUUUCAUUUGAUUCUUCUCUGGGUGUUGUUCUUUAAUUUGGUUUUGUUUUCUUUAUUUUCAGUGUUUUUUUGUGCUUACAGGUUAUGUGUUUUGUUUUCGUUUUUUGUGUUUUCAAUCAGUCGUCUGUAGUUUCUUAUCAGUUUUUUAAUAGUUUGUUAAUGGUAUGUUUUGAUGUGUUUUCGAUUUUCAUUAGGUUUAGUUGUUUGCUGUUAUAUUUUAGGUUUCAAAACGAUUUUCAAAUCUUUGCUCUAUAUUUUUCUAUAGUUGUAUAUGUUUUGUAGUUUGUUUGUUGUUUUUAUAUAGUUUUAUUGUUCUUUUUAUACUGUAUUUUUCGAUUUCCUUUAAGGUUAGUUGUUUACUGUUUUUUUUAUGUUUCCAAACGAUUUCAGGUCUUUACUGUUUUUUUUUUCUGUGUAGUUGUUUGUCAUUGAUAGUUUGUUUGUAGUUUGUUUAUAGUUGUAUUACAGUUUUCAUACUGUUUUAUUCAGGAUUUAUAAUUUAUUGUGGCCAUUUUCGUUAUGUUGCAGGUUUGGGACUGUAAAUUUAGUCCUUCUGAUUUUUACAGAUCUAAGUGUGUAUGCACCAGUGUUUAUUCCGUGAUAGAUAAUAUUAAGAACACUUUAUCUGUUAAUUUGCUUUCUUUGUUUCGUCAAACUCAGUUUGGGCAUUUUCUGGAUAUGCCUGAGUUUGUUUUUCAUCCGCAAGUCGUACAUAGUUUAUUACUAAGGGAAGUUUUCCAGCCCAAUCCUAAAGAGUUUUGGGCUAAGGUUGCUGGCCGUUGCAUACGGUUUAGUGUCGAAGAAUUUUACCUGAUUUCUGGUUUAGAUUGUUUCGGUGAUUGUAACAAGUUGUUGUUUUCACAGGAAACAAAUCAAUUGGUAGAAACAUGUUUCCGUGGUGUAAAAACUAUUGACCACAAAGCCAUCGACAACUGAUUGUCUUGUUUGGCACCAUGAGUUGAGUGGCGUAUACUCGGUGAAGAGUGCUUUUAAUUUGCUUCAGAAAGCGAAAGGAGCUUGGAAUACUGUUGAAGCUUCGAAGUUUUGGAAUGAACUUUGGAGAUUAAAAAUACCUCCAAAGGUUAAGAACUUGAUUUGGAGAGGAGGAACUAAUUGUCUCCCAACAAAGGUCCAAUUGAUUACUAAAAGGGUUGAUGUUGAUAGCCUAUGUCCCGUAUGCAACUCGCAUAAUGAAACAAUAAUGCAUGUGCUUGCUUAUUGUCCUAUUGCAGCUCAAUGUUGGGAGAGGGUAGCUAUUACCACGCCUACACAGCAAGAAAACUGCUUCUUGGACUGGUGUGUCUCGGUCUUCAAUAAUGCCAACACAGAAACUUGUCGAAUGUUUUGUAUCUUAUGUUGGGCAAUUUGGGGAGCAAGAAACGACAAAGUAUGGAAGAACAAAGACUCUACUGCCUCUUUUAUUUAUGCUUUCGCUGCUACGUACCUUGAGCAAUGGAAUUCGACACAAGCUCCUUAUUUGGAGACAUCACGGACUGGACUACUGGCCGGGGAUGGGAAUGACCGAUGGUGCGCUCCAGCUGCUAAUGUAAUCAAGGUUAAUGUGGAUGCAUCAAUAUUUGAGGGUAGACAAGACUAUGGCUAUGGAAUGGUGGCUAGAGAUGAACAUGGUUUUAUGUUGGAGGCUACUUCUCGGCUUUGUCAUGGGAGUGUACGUCCGGAGUUAGCUGAGGCAAUUUGAGUCCGAGAGGCUCUAAGUUGGAUAACAAAUAAAAAUUGGCCGCAGGUGACUCUAGAGACUGAUUGUUUGGUGGUGGUACAAGCAAUUUGUAAUCCAACUCUUAUGACUUCUCUGUUUGGUGAUGUAAUAAAAGAGUGUCAAAAUCUGCUUGUGAACUUAUGUGGUGUUACUAUUUCUUUUGUAAAACGGUCAGCAAAUUUAGUAGCUCAUGAAAUUGCUAGAGCUGUUAUUUCUUACUCUGAUCGUAUUUUCAGUAUGGGGAAUGUCUCAACUGAUUUGCUUCCGUUUUUGGUUGCUGAAUUUGAAGUUUAAUAAAGUUUGAAUACUUUCUUAAAAAAAAAAACUUAAAUUUUUCAAAAAAAAAAAUAAUAAAUUAAUA